AUGCCUUUCACUGGAAGCGACAUCAUCAAGAUCAUCUUCGCCGUUAUCCUGCCCCCUCUUGGUGUCUUCCUCGAGCGCGGCUGCGGCGCUGACCUCCUGAUUAACAUCCUGCUCACUUGCUUGGGCUGGAUUCCUGGUGUUAUCCACGCGCUAUACAUCAUCCUGAAGUACUAG